AUGUCAGCUAUAAUAUACACCAAAGACAUCGGUGAAGACAUCAAGUUUUGGACGUCCAUGGACAAGUCGGGUGCGAGAAUUAUUGGAUGCAGCCCUGAGGAAGUUGUGAGGUACGUUAGCUUUGGGUCAUAUACAGGAGGGUGGAAGGCGAAUAAACGGCACGGCUAUGGCACCAGAGAAUCCUAUAUGGUGGGAUCGCGUUAUGAAGGCGAGUGGAAUCAAGGCAUGCGGCAUGGCCAGGGAACUCAGUGGGUUCGGUGUAGAAAUGGCAGAGGUGUCCGGAAGUUCUAUGCUGGAUCGUGGGUUAACGAUAGACGGGAAGGAUACGGAACAGGGUGUUACGAGGACGGUUCUUUCUACCACGGUAACUGGGUCAAUGAUGAGCGUGAAGGAGAGGGACUUAUGUUCUAUGCCAACGGUGACACGUAUCGUGGACAAUGGCGUCAAGGAAAGCGGUCUGGGCUCGGUAUACUGGUAGUCGGUGAAACUGGAGACUUGUAUGAAGGUCAAUGGCUGAACGACAAAAAGGAAGGCUCUGGGCGUUACUACUAUCGUUCGCGCAGGAAAGUGAUGGUAGGAGAAUGGGCUGAAGACAUGUGUAGAACGGGGUCAGUGUCAGCUUACGAAGAUCCUAUCGGAUGUGAGUUGAGUCUAGGCCGAUUCCAAAGGCCGCAGUACUUGCCGCUAAAAAAGCUUAUCUCUCUAUUAGUGGACAUCCCGACUCUCCGGCUGAAGGAUAUAGAUGGUCUCUUACGAAGCAAGAUGGAAGAGAUCAGAUCGGAAAGAUUCGGCCUCUCAGACUCCCAGGACGGCAUACUAAGCCUUGUCUCAUUGAAGGCCCUUGUGCUGUCCCUUUUCGGCGUGCAGUUCUCACCCGAGGACCUCUGGGAGCUAUGCGUCACUGUGGGUGUCAUCACUGAGGAGGAGGCUCAACGAGCCGUUGUGUUAACGGAAACCGAGUUGAAAGCACCACCGGAAUCCUCCCUCCCCAACGACAAUAGGGAAGUCAUCGAACACGUCAUAGAUAGCCUGACCGAUGACGAGGACGAUGAGGAAGAGGACGAGGAUGCAACCACAGAGUUGCGCGAACAAAUAGCAUAUCGCCAUUUCAUCAUACCAAGCAGCGCCUUUACACUUGAUCGUUUUGCCAGGAUCGUUACACUCAUACUGGCCAAGCUGAAUCACUAG